AAGCCAUUGACCAUUAGUGGCAACGCUGUAAUUUAACUGUAGUUAAACAACUAAAGUUGGAGGAUCAGGGAAAUGAUAAAGCUCCCCACAUUUUUAACAUGGAGGACACUGCCUCAGUCUAUGAUUUAAAGCGCCAUUUGCAAGCCUUUGUAGACAUACCGGGAGAUAAACAGGAAAUAAAAACACUCGAUCGCACAUUGAACGACUUUGAUGAGCUCUCUAAGAUCCUUAAUCACGAAAUUGGCGGCGAUAAUAAUAAUGGAGCGGCCAUUUCUCUAUAUACGAACAACCAGUUUUUCUGCUUCUUGAAGUUUUAUAACCAGGACGAAGGUAAUAAACAGAACAACUUCAGCCAACCGUCAAAUGUCGAUCAUGUGACACAAUAUGUUAUGAAUAUAAUUGACUCGGAUAAUUCUUGGCAUUCGAAAACAUCUGUAUCAGAUUCGACAGAUAACAGCAACAGUAAAUUGAUACCAAAGAGCGAUUCUCCCCCAAAAAGAUCCUGCUCUUUAACAGAGAAAACGGAUAAAAGCUGUAAAUCUACAGCUACUCCGAUGAGUCAGGCGAAGCCACACCAAGACAAAAUACCUGUUGUGCCAGAAAUACCCACCAGUUGCACCUUCCGUGACUGCCUCAAAACUGACUGCAGACAGGCAAAUUGAAAACAUUACAGUAGGCGAAGAGGCGCCACAGGCUUCUAUUCCCUUUAAAGAAUCUCUUAAUCAGAGAUCUAUACCAGAGUUAAGUCCAGACCCAACUACGAACCCGUCUGCUCCCUACAUUGCCAUCAAGCCGGAACAACGUAAAUAUGCACUGGUUAUCAGCCAUGCCAUCGAUGAGCCGCAUUUGGACUAUGAUCGUCUGAUGAGACAUUUUUAUACACACCACUUAUUUGUGCUUAGGCCAUGGUGCUGUAGUUCGAGCAGAUGAAAAAUAUUCUUUAGCUAUAUUUUUCAUCUGCUCGAACUGCAGAACCAUGGCCUAAGCACAAAUAAGUGGUGUGUAUGGGAACGCUCAAUGGUCGAA